GAGUGUCAGGCAAUGUCCCUGCGCUGCUACCAGGGGCUAGCUCCUGGAAACCGCACAGAAUGGACGCAAAUGGAUGUUUGAAGGAUGGACUGAGAUUUUUGGGAUAAUAGUAGAGAAGAAGAGGGUGUGUGUGCGAUUGCAGAGAAAGAGUGUGUGUCUGCCGCAACAGCUGACUGAAGAGACGGGUAACUUCUUAUCACUAGGACAGAAACCGAGGGUUCACAGCUCUUCUGCCUGAAACAAAUGGAAAAUUGGAAACCAUCUCCGCUGUACUCUCACUCUGACCUACUGAACACCUGAAAGACAACACAAAACCUCCUCCCUCACACACACUUGGACGCAGAGUGUGUGUCUGAGUCCAGGAUGCUGUAAACAAGGAGACACAUAGACAGCCAGCACGCGCCCGGAUCACAUGCAGACAAUCAGCGCUUGGCUUAUUUUGCUUAGGUAUUGGUGGUGGCAGGGAGGCGUUAGUCGCUCCGACCUGCUGCACAACACGAGCUGUGAACAUGGAGCCUCUGGAGGAAUACCACUCUCCAUUUGACUUUGAGCAGGGAGUCAACACCAGGUACCUCUACCUCUCCCCGACCUGCGGUGACACGCCGCCGAGCUCGCCUGCUGUCAGAACCAGAGGUAUCCAGCAGCAUCCGGACUCGGUCCCAGAGCUGGGAGAAGAUGCGGUGACGUCUGUCGGGCCCGCCCCUCCUCCGCCCGCCAUUACAGAGGAGGAGCGACAGGAGCUGCAGGAAGAGUUGUUCAAGGUGGAGGAUGAGAUCCUGACCCUGUCCCAGGUCCUUGCAGCCAAGGAGAGGCAGUUGGCCGACCUGAAGAGAAAGCUGGGCAUCACACCUCUGAAUGAGCUGAAACAGAACAUCACCAAAACCUGGCAGGAUGUCACCACCUCCAACGCCUAUCGGAGGACGUCUGAAACGCUCUCCCAGGCGAGUCUGAAGGCCGGAGCAGCUAUCUCCAACGUGGGCUCAGUCUUUAGCCGGAAACUGGAGGAUGUCAGCGCGCGCUCUUUACAACACUCGGCUAGUAUGCCUGUCAUGAGGAAUGCACCAACUUUCAAGUCAUUUGAGGGGAAAGUGGAUAAUUUGAAGACUAAAAUGACUCCAUCAGCAUCCGCCACUGACCCCAGUGACCCCGGCGACCAGGAGAGCAGCGGGCCGACCUCCGGGACUUUCCUCAAUCAGCCGGGGGGCCCACCCACUCCGGAGCCACUGAUGCAAUGAGACCCCGGUUAACUCCCCCCUCCCUGAUCCCCAUCCACCCUCUCCCUCCCUCCCUCCCUCCUCACUUGACUCCCUAACCCCUGGACCCUCACACUCGCCCCUUCAACUCCUUGUGCCAGUCUUCUUUUGUUGAAAACAAAUGACCUGCCCCGGCCGUCGUUUGUGUUCUAAUCGUCUGUUCUUUUUGUCUGACACGUGCGCUUCCUAGUUCACUAGUGUGGAAACUGAGAGCUAAGAGGGGAGUGUGUGUGUAAGUGUGCGGGCGGGUGGGCAGACGGGUUGUGUGUGUGUGUGUGGGGGUGUGUGCAGGCAUGUGGUCUUGUGUCAGUCGCAUGUUCUUGAGUCUGUUCUCGACUCGCUGUGGGAGAGAUCCUGUCACUUUCCUUCUUCUGCUCUCCUCGCUUUCUGCCUCUGCCUAACCAGAAAAGCUGUGAUGCCAAAUGUGUUCCUGCCUUUUUCUUUGAGUGACAGUUUUUCACAGUUUAUGUUCAUUUGCAUGAAGUAAAACCUCAAAAAAAUUGAAACAUUUACACUUAAGCGCUUGAUUAGAGAAGAGUUUACACUUAAGAACUUGCUGUGUCAACCAGACAGUUGUCGGCUUACUGCUUCUGCACGGCCCUUUUUAUUAUAUGCUGGAUUGACUAUUAGCCACCGUUUGGGGCUUUUCUGGGUUUACUCUGUUUCUGGAUUCUGUUUGAAUUCAGUUUCCUGUUCACUGUAUUAAUUGACACCUUGCAAUCAUAAAGUAGUCUAACACUG